AUGGUGGGUUAUUUUGCAGGAAGCAGACAUUUAAGGGAUAAGACAGAAAGGGGCUGGCUGGAUUUGAGUAUUACAAUCGGAAAGAUUUCAAGUGUUUGGGUGCAACUUUGUUUGACUUGACAUUAAAACGCCAAAGCCAGCUGAAGCAUUUUUGCCUCAGCAGCAGUGUGAGGAAAAUAGCUCCAGUGUUUCACUUGUGGACUACAAAGUAAUAAGUUAAUCCGUCACAUGUACUUGUAAGACUUUUGCUUGCACUUGCAACUUUUCCAGCAAGGAGUAAAACCACUGCUGUUGUGUCCACGUGUUUGUUUUGUUUUCUUGCUUUUCACUGGUUUCAGGUGAAGUUACAUCAUAUCCAUCUGGAAAUUAUUUCUACAAAGAAAGAAUCUAAGUGAUGUAAGAUAGGAAAACAAGCCCGGUCAUGUGGUUUGGCCUCGGUCCAGGUUUGAUUCCCUCACACCAGGGAGGAAAAAAGCAGUACCUUAAAAGGCUGACAGAGAGAGACAGAGAGACAUAAAGAAGGAGACAGAGACAGAGGGAGUAUUUACUAUAAUCUUAUCAUGAAGUCGUCCUCCCCUUCCUGUUUUGUCUCAUGUUUCAGACAUAGUUCAGGAGACAUAAACAGAGAAAAUGAUGAAUCUGAUCACCCGUUUCAGACACCGGGACUUAACUCCGCUUCGCCCCAGCCUCAAACUUUCUGCAGGAUGUCUGAGGGAGACGUUACAGUGCUGUCGUUCUCUCCUGCAACCGUGGAUGUGUCCAGGCAAGAGAGCCGGACGCUCACCAGACUGUACAGCAUGAACGGAGGAUAUCACCUGAGGAUUUUACCUGACGGGACUGUGAGCGGCGGCAGGCAGGAGAAUGACCCCUAUGGUGAGAAAGACUUAGUAUUAUUGUUCUUCUGGAAGGAUGUAUCUCUGAACGAGGAAUUCUGUAAAGAGUAAAACAGAGAUAGUUUCAGAAUGUUGACAUUUUUUGGUUGAAGUGGAAGUUUAACUUAACAGAUAAAAGUACUUGAGGUUAAAUAAGACGAUCAAAAAUGUAAGAAGUAAAGUUAAGAUGUUUUAGCAAAAAUUUAUCUAGGAAAAGUGAAGACUGGACUCAGAUAUAAUAUUGUCAUGUUGCAUUCAAGGUCCUCAAAUCUUCUGAAUUUAGUUGUAUCUGACCAAAACUAUGACCGUUUCACAGCCUAUACAUUUUCUAAGCAACCAAAAACACUCUCAAAGGUAAAAAUCUGGAGGAAAUGUGGUCAAGUUCAAACAAAACAUCAGACAAACCUUUAGCUACACCAGACAGCGGCUAGCAUUAGUAUUUGUUUACUAUCUAACAUUACUGAUCGCCAGAGAGUGAAAGAAAACUGUUACUGUGGCAGUUUAGUGUGAAUGAAAGUGUGAGUUACCUGUAAACAGAGAUGUUCCAAUACCAAUUUUUUCUUCCUGAUACCGAUUCCGAUAUUUGUGCUGUGGGUAUCAGCCGACAUCGAGUACCGAUCCGAUACCAGUAUGUUAUAAAAAAUAUCAUACCAGGCCUGCGUGACAGUCUAAGGUCUGGCUCUGGUUAAAACCUUUGUAAAACACAAAUAAAUACAGCAAAUUCAAACCAUUUAUUUUUAAAUAGAACAGUAUAAAAAAGAUCGAAAAUGCAAUUUAACUAAAUAAAUCUAGGAAUAAGUGCAGCCACAAUAUUUUUAAAUAAAAAGGGAAUUUUAACAGAACAGAGGUAACAAAGUUAACCAGUAAAUAAAUUACUAAUGAAAUAAAUUACAUGGUAUUGGAUUGGUACCUGGAUUCCAGUACUCACCGAUAUUGAUGCUAGCAUUUACGACAGUAUCGGUACAAUACUGUAUCACAAUCGCAACAACUCUACCGCUAAAGUACGAACAUCAGGACUUUGCUUGUUAUUGUCGUUCCAGUUGCUAAUCGGUUUGUGAAAUAUCGAAUGCUAACAAUUGUCAGACACCCUAAAACUGCACAACUGAUGAACUGGAUCCAUUAAGUUUAACAUUUAACCAGCAUUUAUACUCUCCACUCUGAGCGCCAAGCCAAGGAGAAAUAACUACCUUAUGAAUGAGGAGAAAACACUCAGCAACGGCUUACAUUUCAGGGCUACUGCUGUAGCUAGCAGUAUACAAGCAAGUGCUUCUGUCCAAUAAGUCUGACCAGUUUUAACCUUGUUAGCAUGCAGUUAAAGAACAAUUUGAAGUAAAUUUCCAUCAGUACAACAGCUGAUAUAAUCGUUUCAUGUACUGGUGGAUAAUAAGCAGAGACCAGAAUUAUCCCAAUAUCCUAAUAGGUAUAAUUUACAUAACAGAGCAGACAUGAAAGAAGAAUCCUAGAUUAACGCUAUAACUUUAGACUUAAGUUAGCUUAAACAUUAUUUUAGCAAGCAAUGCUAAUGCUUGUGAAGUAAUGUGUCAGUUCAGGUUUUACAAAUGACUAAAUUACUAAAUCUUGUGGUACCGCAUUAUCAUUAAUAUCAAUUAGAUAUGAAGUGUAUUACUAAGCGAGCAUUUUCAUCAGAAAAAACUGUAUUUAAAUGACUCUAUUCUCCAAACAUUAAAACUGUAUUUAUGAUAAUAUUUUGAAUUUACUCUCAUAAUAGCUUCAUCUUUAAUUCUCUUUUCUUACAUGUACCCUAAUACUUUGACAUACUUUUAUAUUUUAUGCAGAAUCUGUAGCUAGAAAUUAUUCGGUCUGUUAUUUGGUCUCUAUCUAGUGUUCAAAUCUGCACAGCAGGCUCAGUGUUUCCUGAGUAUUUAUUCCUUGAAUAAAAAACAUGGUUAGGUUGAGUUUUGUUUUUUUUUCACUCUCACAUUGUUAAAUGUCUAAAUUUCAGAUGUCUUAAGGCUAAAAGCUGUGAGUGUGGGGGUGGUGGUCAUCAAGGGGGAGAUGUCUGGGAGGUACCUGGCUAUGAACAAAAAAGGACGCCUCUACGGAUCGGUGAGUUUGUUCUUAAAUAUUUAGGUUGGCGUAUGAACUCGUGGUACAGAUGUGACCAGUAAGAGUUCCUGUCACUCUUUUCAACUGUAACCUUGUCAUUGGAGGGAGCUGUUCACAGUCUGUCUGUUUACGUGACAGCUCACUAAUCCUGCAAUUUGGUAACAGCUUGGCUAUUUCCAAAUCUGCAUUAGACUGGAAAAUCCCAGCUUUGAAGGGUUUAUACUAGUACCUGUGAGCAAUAUCACGUUAUGACUAACUAACUUGAUUCAGUAAUUACAAAUUUUCAUACUCACUCUCGUCUCAGUCUGCACUUUUUACACGUCAAUCGUUAAUCAAGAACUACAGUCUAAACUCUUGUCUCCUCUUUCUUGUCCCAGCAAGUACUAAACGAUGAGUGUUACUUCCUGGAAAAGUAUGAAGAAAACCACUACAACACGUACCGCUCUCAGAAAUACAACUGGUACGUCGGUCUGAAGAGGAGCGGGCAACCCAAAGCGGGACCUGACACCCACCAGGGUCAGAAGGCCGUCUUUUUCCUGCCGAGGCCUGCAGGCAGCGUGUAA